AUGCGGACCUACAUCGGUCAGUCCGACCCUCAAGAACACAUCGACAUGUACUAUAGCAACAUGUUGAUGUUAGGAGUGAAUGAUGCAGUCAUAUGCAGAGCUUUCUUCGCCACUUUGGCAGGAAAAGCGGCCGAUCAGCUAGCUGACAAGUUCGUGAGGCGGUUCGCAGUAAGCAGAUUGAAAAAGAAGCCCUACACCUAUCUGAAUGGAGUCAAGCAAGAACCAGGGGAGACCCUGUCCGCUUUCUUACACAAAUGGAAUCAUGAGAUCGACCAGGUAGAACCAAUGGAAGACCAGGCGGCAAUCCACGCUCUCCUCACGUCGCUCCGUUCUAGGUCGGUCUACUACGACCUCGUCGUCCAUCCCCCCAAAACUUACAAAGAGGCGAUUACUUGGGCCAGGCACCAUGCGGAUGCUACAGAGGCUAACAUGGCGAAGAGACGAGAAGAGCAGCCGGUCGGUCCAGAUAGAGGUCACGACCCGAGGAGAGAUCGACAACGCUUUAAGCAACGCGGCCGACAAGAGGAUGGACCGCGAUUCACCCCGUUGACCAAACCCCUAGUGGAGGUCUUGCAAUAUGCCGAGCAAUGCAACCUGGUCCAUCCACCCGACCCGGUACCCGAAGGACCAUAUAAGAACAAGUACUGUGCUUUUCACAAGACAAAGGGUCAUGAGACGGCAGAGUGCAUCGCCCUACGUCUGGUUAUUGAGCAACUCAUUCAAAAUGGAGAAUUGGAGCAGUUCGUAAAGAGAAACGAACGAGACAAAGGAAAGUUUAAAAAGAACGUCUGGAAAAGGAACCCCUAG